GUAGACGACAGCGGCAACGGCGGCGGCACCAGGGAUGUACGCCUAGCGUCUACUCGAGGCUUUCUUCACUCGUUUUCUCUGCUUCUCUCGUUUCUCUCCCGCGCGAAGGGUUACUUUCAAACUCUCCCCUUCCCUUGGACCGACGAUCGACACGAAGACCUUCGGGACGACAUGGCCUCCGGCGCUAGAGCGCAUACGACCCAUCAUCUGCACCGGAGGCAACCUCGCGCAGUUCGUCGCUGUUGUUCCCAUAUUGCGCCCUCGCCCUUCGCAGACAGCUGUCGUUCAGGAAGCUCUUGCGCUUCAAGUAUUUCAUCUUGGGGUCUGUAUACCGUCUUACCUGCACCCGACGAGGAGGUAUACAAUGAAGUAUUCCCGCCGAACAUCGCACCAGCAUAUAUCAACUUCGCUGCCAUCCUCGAGAUACUCGUCAAGCCGCACCAUCUACACAUAGAGAAGACAUCAUCAUUCGCCCUGGCGUCUUGCUCGAUGCGUCACCAUCCUUGUCCUCAACACUCCACGAUCGUACGCGACGCGUACUUGCAGGCUACCCUCGCGCCAUGCGCACUGGCUCCCUAUUCACUGGUCUUCGGGCCGACGAGGACGAGGGUACGGCCUCGACGUCCUACCGCGACGAGGACAUCGUCGCUUUCCUCGCCUUGCGCCCACGUGGAUUUUGUGGCGUCGCGUCUUAGGCGGAGGUGAACCUGGGCGAACAGAUGCAGAAAUCCAAAGGCUCGCC